AUGAAUGUGGCAUGCGAGGCGCGGGAAGAAGUCAAGGAUGACCGCACGGUUUUGGUCGGAGCAGCUGAGAGGAUGGUGUUGGCUGUGAACGGAGAGAAGGAAGCGAGGCACAUUUUGGAGAUCGACCAGCUUGAAGAUCUUGCAGAGGCCGAUCCGUUCUCCUUCAGAGAGUUUCUGAAAACCCAGAACCUGGGCCUGUCGGGAGAAGACAACGCCAACAACAGGAUUUAUUCAAAGGAACCCGCAAGGCACCUGCCGGGACUGGGCCGCAGCUCCCCAACCCCCCAGACCUUGGGGUACGGCCUGGAAUAUCAGCAGCCGUUUUUCGAGGACCCUACAGGGGCUGGUGACCUUCUGGAUGAGGACGAGGAUGAGGACGAGGGGUGGAUCGGGGCCUACUCGCCGUCCAGUGUGGACACGUACGGCUCCUCCUCCUCCACCCCGUGGGAGCUGGUGGGGCCCGAGACCCUGCCCCCGUGGAUGCUGAGCGACCCUGACUCCCGCGUGCCUCUCUCUCCGGCGGGGAGCCCCAGCGCACACUUCGCGGCUCCCGGAGAGUCUCUGGGGGACAGGCGCCCGCGGACGCUGCAGAUACGCCACGAAGCGCUGAAAGCUGAAAAUCCUAGGCCGAGAGGAAAGCCGCCUGAGGUCCAGAGCUUCUCCGAAACUCAAGCAGAAACGGGGAGGACGCUGGAGCGGAAGCCGGAAGCGAAAACGAUAAAGGCGGAAAGUGACGGCCGAGAUCUGGAGUCAGUGGUCCAGCAGGGGCAACAGCACCUGGCGCCGAUGACAAACCGGGCCGUAAGGGCGGGAGGUCCCAUCCUGAAACCGAAGCGGGACAGAAGCUCGCUGCAGGCCCAGGUCUCGAACUUCAAGCGCGAGAAGGCGGCCUUGCGGUCGGGCCAGGGCGCCGCGCUGCAGGGGGCGAGGCAGAACACCCACGUGGCCUCGCAGAACCUUCACGUCCGCAGGAACAACGCCCACUCCUCCAUCCGGCAGCUGGUUUCUGGAGCUGAAUCUGUUGCCGAAAUCCUUCAAUCCGUAGACAGAAUUUCCGAAAUGCAAGAUGAGGAAGAGGAGUCUUGA